UUUUUGACAUUUUCUAUCAUUUUCUUGCAGGAAUGUAAACAUAUUGAUUUGUUGUAUUUUUAUCAUAUUUUAUUGAUUUUCGUUGAAACAACCAUUACAAAAUGGACCAGGAGACAGCAAAGAAGCUCCUCGUUGAGGGAGGUACAUUUGUGUUUCUCGGAGUGCCUGAAGAGACACAAUUUGGCAUCGAUAUGCAAUGUUGGAAUACAGAAGAAGAUUUUCGAGGGAUAAAAAUGAUACCACCUGGUUUACACUAUGUCCACUACUCAGCGGUUAGUAAAGGAACUGGCGAUAUAUCUCCGAGGUCAGGAUUUAUGCACUAUUUCAAUAAGAAAGAGUUCCUUGUAAAGAUGUGGGAUAAGAAAUUGGAGGAUAUAAGCCGAGAUGAAAUAAGUGAAGAGAGUAUUCAACGUCUGAAGGAUAACCUGUUCAACUUGGACCGACAUCUGGCUCCAUAUCCAUAUGAAAUAUGGCAGAAAUGGAAACUACUGACUUCACAAGUUACAGCUGAACUUGCUGCUAAAUUGUCUCCUGACAAUGGCAUCAUAAGAGCUUCAGUAGAACUCAUGUCUACAACUGAUGAAGACAGGCCCCGAGGUGUAAAGGCUUCCAGCAAAUCUAUGGAGAGUCAGGACAGUAAUAGUGAAGAGUCACAGAAGGAACCGGAAACAACAGAGGAUGACUCUACUCCUGGACAGUCUGAUGCCAAAAGAGCUAAAAGAAUUACAAGGGAAGAGAAAGAGGAUUCUAUGUUACCAGAUCUAAAGCCUGCUCCAGGCACAUCAAUCAGAUUCACAGAGAUUCCACGUGACAAAUACCCACCGGGUUCAACACCAGAGGAAAUCACAAAACAUUAUUUGGACCAAUCUUACACACUUGAACUCAUGAUUGCACAACAUGAUGAACCACUUCACAUAAUAGGUGAAUUGCAAUUUGCAUACUUAUGUUUCCUCAUUGGACAUUCCCUCGAAGCAUUUGAGCAUUGGAAGAAUUUAGUUAUACUCCUCUGCUCCUGUGAUGAUGCGAUUCACAAAUACCGAAGUGUCUUCUUCCAUUUCAUUAGAACAAUAGAAGUGCAAAUUGAAGAAAUGCCUGAGGAUUUCUUGGCUGAUAUAGUCAUGAAUAAGAAUCUAGUUUAUAAGAAAUUGCGCGAAUUCUUCCGCACAGCAUAUGUAAGCAAAGUAGACGGACGAUUGCUGACAAUGAUUGAAAGAUUCAAGGAGAAUUUGACUGAGAAACUACAAUGGGAUUUCACAGGAUUAGAUGCAGACGAAGAAGAUGAACGACCAGUUAUAGUAAAGCUAAAUGAAGAAGGAGACUAAAAUUGUAUUUUAUUAAUAUUUAUUCUGAUUCUAUCAUCUAUGUAUUUUGAUUCACAAUUGAAUCAAUUCUGUGUAGUGUGUACUGUGUACAUUUCAGAUUCUUUUGAUGUUUUUAUGACUAUUUUAAUGUUAAGUAAAUCUUGACCAGCAAAAUUAAAACGCCGCUAAAUGUAACUGUCUCGCUGAAAUUGUCAAAUAAUAAUUAUCGUGAAUUAUA